ACCAUCACACAAGUUCAAACUUCCCUUACGGGCUGCGGCUGCUGUGUGUGCUGGUGCUUAUAUCUGUCACAUUUACCUUCCUCUACACACACUAACGGUGAAUUCAAUCUUACAGUCAAAGAAACAUGUCGAAGCGAAAAAUAGACAUCGAUCCUGCAGCACUGAGAAAGAGAUAUGCUGCUGACCAUGAACGUGAGUUUGACCGUGAGAGUAGUUACACCAGCAGCGGAAGUCUGGGCACCCAAAGUUCGUUUAAAACGAUAACAAAUGAACCAAUUAAACCAGGCGUUAAUUUACCGUCUAAUGUUCAAAGGGGAGCUGUUGCUAUGUCUCUCAAUCCCUUCACAAACCUGCCGUACACUCCAAGAUACUAUGAGUUAUACAGGAAAAGAAUUGGGCUGCCAGUGUGGGAGUAUCGUAACAAAUUUUUUGAUCUCCUGGAUCGUCAUCAAACAAUAGUGUUGGUUGGUGAAACGGGCUCGGGUAAAACUACACAGAUGCCACAGUGGUGUGUGGAAUUUGCACGCUGCAGAGGGAAGAAAGCAGUGGCAUGCACACAACCAAGGAGAGUGGCUGCAAUGUCAGUUGCUCAGCGUGUUGCAGAGGAAAUGGACGUGGCUUUAGGUCAAGAGGUGGGUUAUUCCAUCCGAUUUGAAGAUUGUUCCUCCUCUAAAACUGUUCUCAAGUACAUGACUGAUGGUAUGUUGCUUCGAGAGGCCAUGAGUGACCCCAUGCUUGAAAAUUAUCAGGUAAUUUUGCUUGAUGAGGCCCACGAACGUACUCUUGCUACAGAUAUCUUGAUGGGUGUCCUGAAGGAGGUCCUAAAACAGAGGAAUGAUCUCAAGCUUGUCGUCAUGUCUGCCACCCUGGACGCUGGCAAGUUUCAGCAUUACUUUGAUAAAGCCCCUUUGUUAAAUGUUCCUGGCCGUACUCAUCCUGUUGAAAUUUUCUACACCCCAGAGCCAGAGAGAGAUUAUCUAGAGGCUGCUAUUAGAACUGUUAUACAGAUCCACAUAUGUGAAGAAAUACCCGGUGAUGUGUUGUUGUUCCUCACUGGUCAGGAGGAGAUAGAGGAGGCUUGCAAACGCAUCAAGAGAGAAGUAGAUGCUCUUGGUCCAGAUGUUGGUGACCUUAAGUGUAUACCUCUAUAUUCCACACUUCCUCCAAACCUCCAGCAACGUAUAUUUGAAGCUCCGCCUCCAAAUAAACAAAACGGAGCAAUAGGUCGGAAAGUGGUGGUGUCUACAAAUAUUGCUGAGACUUCGUUGACCAUCGAUGGAGUUGUCUUUGUUAUUGACCCGGGAUUUGCAAAACAAAAGGUUUACAAUCCUCGCAUCCGUGUAGAGUCACUGUUGGUGUCCCCUAUUAGUAAGGCCUCAGCACAGCAACGAGCAGGCCGUGCAGGCAGAACUAGACCUGGCAAAUGUUUCCGAUUAUAUACAGAAAAGGCCUUCAAAAAUGAAAUGCAGGACAACACAUACCCCGAGAUCUUGAGGUCCAACCUCGGGUCGGUGGUGUUGCAGCUGAAAAAGUUGGGUAUCGACGAUCUGGUUCACUUUGAUUUCAUGGAUCCACCGGCUCCCGAGACUCUUAUGAGAGCGCUGGAGCUUUUGAACUACCUGGCAGCUCUUGAUGAUGAUGGUAAUCUAACGGAACUUGGAGCGAUCAUGGCCGAGUUCCCACUGGAUCCUCAGUUAGCCAAAAUGGUGAUUGCCUCUUGCGAUUUCAACUGCUCUAACGAGAUCCUGUCUAUAACUGCUAUGCUAUCAGUACCCCAGUGCUUUGUGCGCCCUAAUGAGGCUAAGAAGGCUGCAGACGAGGCCAAGAUGAGAUUCGCGCACAUAGAUGGGGACCACCUCACGCUGCUGAACGUCUAUCAUGCCUUCAAACAGAAUAUGGAGGAUGUGCAGUGGUGCUACGACAACUUUGUCAACUACCGUUCUCUCAAAUCGGCGGAUAAUGUUCGUCAACAGUUAUCCCGUAUUAUGGACCGUUUCAGUCUAAAGCGCACGUCCACUGACUUCAAUUCCCGUGACUACUAUAUGAAUAUUCGGAAGGCUCUGGUUUCGGGCUUCUUCAUGCAGAUUGCUCACCUGGAACGCACCGGGCACUACAUGACCAUCAAGGAUAAUCAGGUGGUGCAGCUGCAUCCGUCCACCUGUUUAGACCACAAACCCGAGUGGGUCCUAUACAAUGAAUUCGUCCUAACCACCAAGAACUACAUCCGAACUGUAACAGACAUUAAACCUGAUUGGCUCAUCAAAGUGGCUCCUAAUUACUACGACAUGCAGAACUUCCCCCAGUGCGAGGCUCGGAGACAGCUGGAGAACAUCAUAACGCGCUUAGAAUCUAGACAGUUCAGAGAAGGUUUCUAAAUAGACGUAGCAUUGUAAAAGAAAUCAGGUACAUUUAUUUUCAGCCUCGUGCGUGUAUUUUUUAUUGUUGAAUGUGUGUCGGAGGUCAGCCAGCGAGUCGCUCAUUGUGUUAGAAGAAGAAUGUAGAUAGUGGUGACCUUUUCUUUUGUAUUCUAAGAUGGGCGAGCAUGACCUUAGAUGAUGACUACUGGUGGGAUGUAACAUUUAACUUUUUCAUGUAUUGAUUUAGGCAUAUAUUGCACUUGCAUAUUUGUUAACUACACAACUGUGAGUAAAAUAUAAGCAUCAAGGGGGUUUAUGGUUAAGUUUUGUGUCGCCUAAGUGUAUGACAAACAGGGACUUAGAUCCUAUGUACAAAGUCAACAAAAUUGUAAAAAAAAAAAAAGAACAAAACUUAAUUGUAAUCCUUUAUAUCUAUACAGUAUGUCACUUAUGGUAGCACAGUACACAUUAGUAUGAAAAGAUUGAAUUAAAACAGUACUACCCACAAAUUAUCAUUCCCAUUCUCUCUUCAUGGAGGUUGCCAGUAGUUUGUUAAUGUAACUACUGAUCUGUGGAUAAUUUUAGUGAAAUUCUCAUAAUAUUCAUGUAGAAAAUUUAUUUGGUUCAUUGUUCACCAAAAUAAAAGGAAUUUAUAUGAA